UUGCCACUGUUUCGCCGCCAGGUAUCCCGGGCAUAACAGCGUUCGCGAAGAACGGCCUUCUUAUAAGAUUCGACUUCGAAAAGGUUGUCGGCAAUCCUAACAACAUUGUCUCAGUAACGAUGACCGCAACGAAUUCGCAGCCAUCUCCGAUGACUGAUUUCGUGUUUCAAGCAGCUGUGCCAAAGAGCUUCCAGCUGCAACUGAAACCGCCAUCCGGAAACAUGCUCCUUCCGAACAACACUGGAAGUAUCCAGCAAAUCAUCAACAUCGCUAACCCACAGAAGCAAAACAUACGAAUGCGUUUGAAGAUUAACUACUCCAUGAAUGGGCAACUGGUAGAGGAACAGGGACAGUUGGACAAUUUCCCGCCAGAUCUGAUGCAAUAAGGUAGUCGUCAUGUAUAAUUGUGCUCAGCAAGCUCCUUACGAAAUGCGCACCUAUGCAAUGAACCUAGUUUUCAUGGAGGGGGCAAUUCUGAAAUUCAUAGCAUUGAUUUUGUAUUUAAUCUCCUGUCUAUCAAAUCGUUUCAAAAUCCAAAGGCUAAUGCUUGAUAAUUGUCUGUUGUUUUGUAAAAUUACUCGUCGUUGUCGUAACUUAGGAUAUCAGUAUAAAUUUGAUGGAUUGUGUAGGAUUUUCAUUGUAGCUAUAGUUUUCUUGUCUAUCAAUUUUCCUUUUUUC